AUGUUCAACAUCUUGCUCUCAAUCGCCCGCGACGGGACCACCGAGAAUAGCCCAUCCACAGCGCUCGCCAACUCGGCAUGGUCCCAACGCGAAAACCUCGUGCAAUCCGUCUGCAAGCAACACCGAGCCCGGAAUAAAAUUUUGGAGCCGUAUCGAAGGCUAAAAAACGCACUCAAAGCCCUGCAAGACGAGUACACACACUCGAAAGACACGAACGCCAUCCAGCGGUACAUCCGGCUACAGCACGCCGUGCGGGAUGUGGCCGUCCUGGAAAAGCAGUACUGGAAACUGCUCGAAAUACCGCCGCAAGAAGGCGAAGAUCCCGCCGAAUAUGUCGUAAAGGUCGUCACCUCGUUGGAGCAACAAAAUGGAGCCCCAGCUCCGGCUAAAGGCGGAAUCGGCGCCCUCCUCGGCUCAACCGUGCUCGCCCGAACCGGUGAUGGCACCCAAGAAAUCAUGGAAAGGGUUCGGAAAAUGAAGACCGACGACCUGCAAAAAGAGUGCGAAGGGAUGUACACCCAACUUUAUCGACUUUUCAAGAAAUAUCUUGGGUUGAAGAGAAUCGUCAAAGAGCUCUCGGAACGGUACGACCACACCCGGCUAUACCCAAUCGUCCCCCGAUAUGCCAUGCUAAAGAAAAUGAUCAAAACAGCGCUCCGGGCCCCCGAAUUUGCCGAUAUUUGCCACGAACAAGUCGAA